AUCACGGCCGCGUCCUCGUGCCGCACAUGUGCGUGAACUGAAAGACGGACAAGUGAGCUGUGAUGAAGGUGAAGAAGGCGAAGGUGAAGACGCCCCGUCCGCGGCUCAUCUCCUCCAGGAGGGGUGUGCUGGUCAGAGGGCAGUGGAAGGCAGUGAAUGUGGACCCCAGCCUGUUCUCGGAUGAAGGGCUGGACGGGCUGGUGUGCUUCGAGGAGCUGACCGAUUACUCCCUGGUGGAGCCGGAGAAGGCCCUCACUGAGCACGUGCAGACGGAGAGGCGGAGUCAGAAGAAGAGGAAGACCAAUGAGGAGCGUCGGUCUGAAGAUGAAGACGUUGCAGACCUAGAGGACGGUGUAGCAGACGACGGAGGAAAACCAGAGAAGAAGAAGAAGAAGAAAAACAAACAAGAGGAGGAGGAGACGCUGGAGGAGGAGCAGAUCUCAGCAGAGGAGAGUCCUGAGCUGACAACAGAAACACCACAGACCUCCAAGAAGAAGAAGAGGAAGAAGAAGAAGAAGAAGAAGCCGGAGGAGGAGAAGAAGCAGCACGAGGAGGAGAGCAGUGCUGCUGCCGGUGGUGAGGCUGAGUCUGCGCUCCCUCAGAAGAGCCGUCACUGGAGCCGGGCGUCUCUGGAGGCUUCGGGGCCCUCAGACGUGUCCUCCUGGAGGGAUCUGCUGGUGCCUGAGCCGGUGCUGAGAGCUCUCGCUGUGCUGGGUUUCUCUGCUCCCACUGCCAUACAGGCGCUGGUGCUGCCGCCCGCCAUCAGAGACCGACUGGACAUACUGGGGGCUGCCGAGACCGGCAGUGGAAAGACGCUGUGUUUCGGGAUCCCCAUGAUCCACAUGAUCCUGCAGUGGAGAGAGCAGACGGAGGAGCACAGCACACCUGAGCACACACACACACCUGUGCAGAGCCUCUACCUGCAGGAGGAGGGUGGAGAUGAUGAUGAUGAUGAUGAUGAUGAUGAUGAUGGAGUUAAAGAUGAAGAUGAUGGAGUUAAUGAUGAUGAUGAUGGUGCUGAAGGCUGCAGUGCUCCUCUUGAUGACCCAAAUGGCCAGAAUGACCCAGAUCCAGCCAGAGGAGUUUGUCGGCCGCUGCUGGGGCUCGUCCUCACUCCCACCAGAGAGCUGGCGGUGCAGGUCAAACACCACAUCGACGCCGUGGCUCAGUUCACAGGUAUAAAGACUGCGAUUGUGGUUGGUGGGAUGGCGCCGCAGAAGCAGCAUCGGGUGUUGAUGCGCCGGCCCGAGAUCAUCAUCGCCACACCAGGCCGCCUGUGGGAGAUGAUCAGAGAGAAACACCCACACCUGCAGGACCUGCGCCAGCUGCGGUGUCUGGUUCUGGACGAGGCGGACCGUAUGGUGGAGAAGGGCCACUUUGCAGAGCUGGAGAGCCUGCUGGAGCUGCUCAACACGUCUCAGUUCAGCUCCAGGAGGCAGACGUUUGUGUUCUCCGCCACGCUGACGCUGGUGCACAGCCUGCCCUCGCGCCUGCAGCAGAAGAAGAAGAAGCAGCGUCAGGGGGAGCAGCGCAGCAAACUGCAGCUGCUGAUGGAGAAGGUGGGCGUCCGAGACAAGCCCAAGAUCAUCGACCUGACGCGCAAACAGGCCACGGUGGAGACGCUGACGGAGACGCGCAUCAGCUGCACCAAGGAGGACAAGGACCUGUUCCUCUACUACUUCCUGCUGCAGUUCCCGGGCCGCAGCAUGGUGUUCGCCAACAGCAUCGCCUGCAUCAAGCGGCUGUACGCCCUGCUGCACCUGCUGGACUGCACACCGCUCAUGCUGCACGCUAACAUGCACCAGAAGCAGCGGCUCAAGAACCUGGAGCGCUUCGCUGAGAACACACGGUGUGUUCUCCUCACCACAGAUGUCGCCGCUCGAGGACUCGACAUCCCCGACGUCCAGCAUGUCAUUCACUAUCAGGUUCCCCGCACCUCAGAGACGUACGUGCACCGCAGCGGGCGGACGGCGCGGGCCACCAGAGAGGGUCUGAGUCUGCUGCUGAUCAGCCCUGAUGACCUGCUGAACUACAGACGCAUCUGCCGCACGCUGGACAAGAGCGAGGAGCUGCCCGUCUUCCCUGUAGAGAGCAAGUGCAUGGCGGCGGUCAAGGAGCGUGUGGAUCUGGCCCACCGCAUCGAGAAGAUGGAGUACUUCCACAGCCGGGAGACGCAGCACAACUCCUGGGUCCGGCAGGCGGCUGAAGCCAUGGACAUCGAUGUGGACGACGAGCUGCUGAUGGGAUCCUCUAAAGGUGAGGAUGAGGAGCGCGAGCAGCAGCGGGAGAAGCAGAUGCUGAGGAAACAGCUGAAGAUCCUGAUCUCACAGCCCGUCUUCAGGAGUCAGAUGAAGACCAGAUACCCCACACAGAUGGGCAAACUACUGCUGCCCACGCUGCCCCAGGACACCGCCCUCGCCAGCCUGAAGCAGGACACACAGAGCAGCACGCGCAGACGCUAACACACAGACCUGAGCAGAGGCUAAGAAACUGUGUCCAAGUACACGUGUGUGUGUGUGUGUGCGUGUGUGUGUGUGUUAUGAGUGAGUGUGCUUUGAGUGUUGAGUCUGUGUAUGUGUGUGUGCGCAGCAGGACAGUUGGAGCCACUCCUCUCAGACUCUUCCCAUCAUGCACUGCUGUGCUGUGGUGUAUCAGGAACAGUGCUGAGGAUGUUCUUCAUCAUGUGUGUUUAUCCUGAUCUGCUGAUCUGGGAGUAAAGUACAGGUCCAGUGUGA